AUGUCUGAUAAAUAUAAUAGGCCAUCAGAGCCUGCUCCAGCUUAUGGAACUUACCCAAAUCAAAACCAGCAAGGAUUUAACGGGGACGGACCCCCACCAAGCUCACAGGAGGGAAACCAAUAUCAGUUUAGACAAGAUCAAUACUAUAAUUUGAAUGCCGAAGGUGAUGGUGCUCCAAUUGGUACUUUUGAAGAGAAGUUUCCAGUUGAAGGAGAAGGAAACAAACCAAAAUGGAAUGACUGGCCAUUUAUUAUCUUCUUUUUGGCUUGUGUAUUAGCCUUUAUUGCUUUGGCUGUCAUUACUCUUAGAGCGUGGGCCAACCAUUACCAUGCUAGAGGAACUGGUGUUUACGGUGGCUCUAACACCGGUACUUUAAAUACAAAUUCAGCAAUCAUGUUGGUUGUUUCAUGUAUGAUCGCUCUUGUGUUUUCUUUCCUUGGUUUUGUGUUAGCCAGAAUGUUCCCCAGAUUUUUUAUCAUUGCAGGUAUUAUACUAAACAUUAUUUCAGGCUUGGCAACUGCGGUGAUGUAUCUAUCAUUGAAGUACUAUUCUGCAGGAAUUGUGUUCAUUGUUUUUACUGUCAUGUGUGCAUUCUGUUUCUGGGGUAUGAGAAGUAGAAUUCCAUUUUCAGUGUGUGUUUUAACUACAGUGAUGGAUGUCAUGAAGCAAUUCCCUCAGACAUGGAUAGUAACUUUGCUUGGUAGUAUUGUCGGCUCUGCCUUUUCUGUGCUUUUCUCAGCCGUUAUUGUUGCAACUUACAUGAAAUAUGAUAAUAAGACCAAUAACCCCGGUUGUAAUACUAGCGGUGGUUCUUGUUCAAACUCUAAGUUGAUUGGAAUAUUAGUAGUAGUAUUUUUUUGCGGAUAUUACAUCGCAGAAGUGAUCAGAAAUGUCAUUCAUUGCACGGUUAGUGGAAUAUUUGGAACCUGGUAUUACUUUUCCAAAUCAGACCAAGGUAUGCCAAGGUUUUCAGCAUUUGGUGCUCUUAAAAGAGCUCUUACUUAUUCUUUUGGUUCAAUUUGCUUCGGGUCUUUAAUUGUCGCUAUCAUUGAAACAGCCAAGGCAGUUCUUAGACUUUUAGUAGAUGGGGUUGCUGGAGGAGGUGCCGACAGCGGGUGGGUGCAAUGUAUCGCGCUACUUGCUAAUUUUAUCUUUAGCUUCUUAGAGUGGUUGACUCGUUACUUUAAUCACUAUGCUUAUGUCUUCAUUGCACUUUAUGGUAAGCCAUACUUAAGGGCUGCAAAGGAAACUUGGCACAUGAUUAGGGAGAAGGGUAUUGACGCAUUGAUAAAUGAUAAUUUGAUAAAUGUUGCCUUGGGAUUCUACACAUUCUUCACUUGUUAUAUUACAGCUCUUUUCGCUUACCUUUACUUGAGAUAUACAAAGCCUGAUUACAACCAUGAUAAUGCCUACACUCCAGCAUUAAUGGCUUUUGCGUUCGUUAUUGCAAUGGAAAUAUCGAAUAUUGCAACCGAAACAAUCAGAUCAGGCACUGCAACUUUCUUUGUGGCUUUAGGUAACGAUCCAGAGGUCUUCCAUCUUUCUUAUCCGGAGAGAUUCGAUGAAAUAUUUAGGAGCUAUCCAGAUGUGUUGAAGAAGUUAUCUCACCAAAAUGUCUAA